AUGAAUGGAGUCGCCUUCUGCCUGGUCGGGAUCCCGCCCCGCCCGGAGCCCCGGCCCCCGCAGCUGCCACUGGGCCCAAGAGAUGGGUGCUCUGCUGGGCGCCCCCUCCCCUGGCAGGGGCCACGCACGCUGUUGCUACGCAAGAGUCUCCAGGAUGGCUUCGGCUUCACCCUGCGCCACUUCAUCGUGUAUCCACCCGAGUCAGCUGUGCACUGCAGCCUGAAGGAGGAAGAGAAUGGAGGCCGAGGAGGAGGACCCUCCCCGCGGCACCGCCUGGAGCCCAUGGACACCAUCUUUGUCAAGAAUGUGAAGGGCGAUGGCCCUGCCCACAGGGCUGGCCUUCGAACAGGAGACCGCCUGGUGAAGGUGAAUGGAGAGAGUGUCAUUGGCAAGACCUACUCUCAGGUCAUAGCUCUGAUCCAGAAUAGCGAUGACACUCUGGAGCUUUCCAUCAUGCCCAAAGACGAAGACAUCCUCCAGCUGGCCUACUCCCAGGAUGCCUACCUGAAGGGGAACGAGCCAUAUUCUGGAGAGGCCCGAAGCAUCCCAGAGCCACCACCCCUUUGCUACCCACGGAAAACUUAUGCCCCGCCGUCCCGGGUCUCCACCUGGGCCACUAUGGUGCCUGAGCCUCUCUCAGCACUGCCCAGUGACCCCCGGAGUCCUGCUACCUGGAGUGACCCAGGCUCCCGAGUCCCAUCUACUGCCUGCACCCUGCCGGACAACCCUUCCUUGGGGAUGAGCCAGCCCCGCCCCAGUCCUGGUGCCUUCCCCCGCCUCCCUGCAGAGUCCCGGACUCCCCGUGCCUUCCCAGAGCCCAGCACCCGGGCACUCCCCAGCAGGCUGGAGUGCCAACAGGCAUUGUCACACUGGCUGUCGAACCAGGUGCCCCGCAGGGCGGGGGAGAGACGGUGCCCAGCUAUGCCACCCCGGGCCCGCAGUGCCUCCCAGGACCGACUGGAGGACAUGAUGACCCACCGCCCAUGGCCCUGUUCCACCUCCCAGGAUGCCUUGAGCCAGCUGGGCCAGGAUAGCUGGCAUCGAGCACGCUCGGACGACUACCUGAGCAGGGCAGCUCGUUCGGCUGAGGCACUAGGGCCAGGAGCCCUGGUGUCGCCCCACUUGGAGCGUCGUGGCUGGGCUCCCCAGUGUCCAGCUGCCCGCCCCUCUGCCUGCCCAGCCCGGAACCUAUCAGGGUCUCAAGCCCCGCCCUCAUCUGGGCUGCAGGGCCUGGAUGACACUGGGUACAUUGGAUACCGGAGCUACAGCCCAUCGUUCCAGCGCCGGACUGGCCUCUUGCAUGCACUCUCCUUCCGGGACUCACCCUUUGGAGGACUCCCCACCUUCAACCUGGCCCAGUCGCCUGCGUCAUUCCCACCAGAGGCCUCUGAACCUCCCAGGGCCACCCGACCAGAGGCCAGCGUCCGGGCCCUGGAGCCUCCAGCUGAGGAGCGCCGAGACGAGGUGAUCUUGAGGCAGAAGCCUCCCACUGGCCGCAAGGUCCAGCUGCCCCCCGCAAGACAGAUGAACCUUGGGUUUGGUAAUGAAUCCACAGAGCCAGAGGACAGUGAGCGAGGGGAGCGUCCAGGCAGAAAAGUGGCCCCGCUGGCCACUACGGAAGACUCUCUGGCUUUCAUCCCCUUCAUUGAUGAGCCCACCAGCCCCAGCAUCGACCUCCAAGCCAAGCACGUCCCUGCCUCCGCAGUGGUCUCCAGUGCCAUGAAUUCAGCCCCCGUCUUGGGCACUAGCCCCUCCUCUCCCACCUUCACCUUUGCUCUCGGCCGUCACUACUCCCAGGACUGCAGUAGCAUCAAAGCUGGCCGCCGUUCCUCCUACCUGCUGGCUAUCACCACCGAACGCUCCAAGUCCUGUGAUGACGGGCUGAACACCUUCAGGGACGAGGGCAGGCCUCUGCGGCGCCUGCCAAACCGUGUACCCAGCCUGCGCAUGCUCCGAAGCUUCUUUACUGAUGGGUCCUUGGAUAGCUGGGGCACCUCCGAAGAUGCUGAUGCCCCUUCUAAGAGACACUCAACCUCUGACCUCUCGGAUGCACCUUUCAGUGAUGUCAGGAGAGAAGGCUGGUUGUGUUAUAAGCAGAUCCUCACCAAGAAGGGGAAGAAAGCGGGCAGCGGCCUGCGCCAGUGGAAGCGGGUGUACGCCGCACUGCGGGUGCGCUCGCUCUCGCUGAGCAAGGAGCGGCGGGAGCCCGGGCCGGCGGUGGGGGCUGCGGCGGCCGGCGCAGGUGAGGACGAGGCGGCGCCCGUCUGCAUCGGCUCCUGCUUGGUGGACAUCUCCUACAGCGAGACCAAGAGGAGGCACGUGUUCCGGCUGACCACCGCUGACUUCUGUGAAUAUCUCUUUCAGGCUGAGGACCGGGAUGACAUGCUGGGCUGGAUCAGAGCGAUCCGGGAGAACAGCAGGGCCGAGGGCGAGGACCCCGGCUGUGCCAACCAAGCUCUGAUCAGCAAGAAGCUUAAUGAUUACCGAAAAGUGAGCCAUAGCUCUGGGCCCAAAGCCGAUUCUUCUCCCAAAGGCUCUCGUGGCCUGGGGGGGCUCAAGUCUGAGUUUCUCAAGUCCGAAUUCCUCAAGUCUGAGUUUCUCAAGUCUGAAUUCCUCAAGCAGAGUACAGCUCGCGGCCUCAGAACUCAGGACCCGCCCGCAGGGAGCAAGGAUGACACAACUGCAACUCCCAAAGCCCCGUGGGGCAUCAACAUCAUCAAAAAGAACAAGAAGGCAGCCCCAAGGGCAUUUGGGGUACGAUUAGAAGAAUGCCAACCAGCCACAGAAAACCAGCGUGUCCCCCUGAUUGUGGCUGCAUGCUGUCGCAUCGUGGAGGCCCGGGGGCUAGAGUCCACGGGUAUUUACCGAGUGCCCGGCAACAAUGCUGUGGUUUCCAGCCUGCAGGAGCAGCUCAACCGUGGGCCCAGUGACAUCAACCUGCAGGACGAGCGCUGGCAAGACCUCAACGUGAUCAGCAGCCUGCUCAAGUCCUUUUUCCGAAAACUGCCUGAGCCUCUGUUUACGGAUGACAAGUACAACGACUUCAUCGAGGCCAAUCGCAUCGAAGACUCGAGAGAGAGGAUGAAGACACUGCGGAAGUUGAUCCGGGAUCUCCCAGGACACUACUAUGAAACACUCAAAUUCCUCGUGGGCCAUCUGAAGACCAUUGCUGACCACUCAGAGAAAAACAAGAUGGAGCCCCGUAACCUGGCCCUGGUCUUUGGGCCAACACUGGUGAGGACGUCCGAGGACAACAUGACAGACAUGGUGACCCACAUGCCCGAUCGUUACAAGAUUGUCGAGACGCUGAUCCAGCACUCAGACUGGUUCUUCAGCGACGAGGAAGACAAGGGAGAGAGAACCCCGGUGGAUGACAAGGAGCCCCAGUCAGUGCCCAAUAUCGAAUACCUCCUGCCCAACAUAGGCAGGACGGUGGCCCCAGCUGACCCAGGUUCCGAUUCUACCACCUGUAGUUCAGCCAAGUCCAAGGGCUCGUGGGCCCCCAAGAAGGAGCCGUACACCAGGGAGAUGCUGGCGAUCUCCUUCAUCUCAGCCGUCAACCGCAAACGGAAGAAGCGGCGGGAGGCGCGGGGACUGGGCAGCAGCACCGACGACGACUCGGAGCACGAGGCACACAAGUCCGGGACGGGGACGCCGGCGCCGGGGGCCCAGGACCGACCGGAGGAGCAGCUGCCGGGUGCCGCUGUCCCCGAAGCCCCCGGGCGCCUCAGUCUCCCGGCGGCGCCGGAGGAGCGGCCUGCGGCGGACACGCGCUCCAUCGUCUCGGGCUACUCCACCCUGUCCACCAUGGACCGCAGCGUGUGCUCGGGCCCCGGCGGGCGGCGGGCGGGUGCGGGUGACGAGGCGGACGACGAGCGCAGCGAGCUGAGCCACGUGGAGACGGACACGGAGGCGGGCGCGGGCCCUGCGGGUCGCCUGGCGCGCCGAACACCGCCGGGCUCCGCGUCCUCCAGCAGCCAGGAGUCGCUGCGACCCCCGGCGGCCGCGGCGGCGCUGCUCUCGCGGCCCUCGCGCAUUGAGGCGCUGCGGCUGCGCCUCCGCGGCACGGCUGACGACAUGCUGGCCGUGCGCCUACGGAGGCCGCUGUCGCCCGAGACGCGGCGGCGCAGGAGCAGCUGGCGCCGACACACGGUGGUGGUGCAGAGCCCGCUCACCGACCUCAACUUCAACGAGUGGAAGGAGCUGGGCGGCGGAGGCCCUCCGGAGGCCGCGGGCCCUCGGGCGCACAGUGACAACAAGGACUCUGGGCUCAGCAGCCUGGAGUCCACCAAGGCGCGGGUCUCGUCGUCCGCUGCCUCGCUGCCGCCGGCGCUGGGGGAGCCGGGGGGCGCGCAGAGCCAGGCUCCCCGCCGCUCGGUCGCCGCGCGCCUCCACCAGUGUCUGUGA